CCUCCUCCCCAAGGUGGCUGUGGCUCCCAGAAACAGCGGCGGCCGCGCUGCGGGGAGAGGACGGCGGGCGGGCCGGCCGGGAGGAGGGAGAGAACUGGCUCGCGGCCGCGGCGCUGAAGUUUCCUGCCCGCCGCGCUCCCACCCUCUGCUGGCGGCCCGGGCCAUGCCGGAGCGCUGGGGUCGAGCGGCAGCAUGAAGGGCGGCGACCGCGCUUACACCCGAGGUCCCUCUUGGGGGUGGCUCUUUGCUGCCAAGUGCUGCUGUUGCCUCCCGUGCAGAGAUGCAUACUCCCAUUCCUCAAGUGAAAACGGAGGCAAGUCUGAGUCAGUGGCCAACCUGCAGUCUCAGCCCUCCCUGAACUCCAUCCACAGCUCCCCCGGUCCCAAGCGUUCCACUAACACCCUUAAGAAGUGGCUGACGAGCCCCGUGCGCCGGCUCAACAGCGGGAAAGCAGAUGGAAACAUCAAGAAGCAGAAGAAAGUACGAGAUGGCCGGAAGAGCUUCGACCUGGGAUCUCCCAAGCCUGGGGAUGAGACGACCCCUCAGGGAGACAGUGCAGAUGAGAAGAACAAGAAAGGAUGGGGUGAAGAUGAGCCAGAUGAAGAGUCACACACCCCCCUCCCUCCACCUAUGAAGAUCUUUGACAAUGACCCUACGCAGGACGAGAUGUCCUCCUCUUUGCUAGCAGCCCGGCAGGCUUCCACUGAAGUACCUUCUGCUGCAGACCUUGUCAGUGCAAUAGAACAAUUGGUCAAAAGCAAGCUGAGUCUAGAAGGAGGCUCAUACCGGGGAAGCCUGAAAGACCCUGUAGGCUGCCUGAAUGAGGGAAUGACCCCACCCACACCUCCUAGAAACCUGGAAGAAGAACAGAAAGCCAAGGCCCUGAGGGGCAGGAUGUUUGUCUUGAAUGAGCUGGUACAGACAGAAAAAGACUAUGUCAAAGAUCUGGGGAUUGUGGUGGAGGGCUUCAUGAAGAGAAUAGAAGAAAAGGGUGUCCCUGAGGACAUGCGAGGAAAGGAUAAAAUCGUGUUUGGAAAUAUUCACCAGAUUUACAACUGGCAUAAGGAUUUUUUCCUGGCUGAACUGGAAAAAUGUAUCCAGGAGCAAGACAGGCUGGCACAGCUCUUCAUCAAACACGAGCGGAAGCUGCACAUCUACGUGUGGUACUGCCAGAACAAGCCGCGCUCAGAGUACAUCGUCGCGGAGUACGACGCUUACUUUGAAGAGGUGAAACAGGAGAUAAAUCAAAGGCUGACACUUAGUGACUUCCUUAUCAAGCCCAUUCAGAGAAUCACAAAAUACCAGUUGCUCCUCAAGGACUUCCUGAGAUACAGCGAGAAGGCUGGUUUGGAGUGUUCAGAUAUCGAGAAAGCAGUGGAGUUAAUGUGCCUUGUUCCAAAACGCUGCAAUGACAUGAUGAAUCUGGGACGCCUGCAGGGCUUUGAGGGCACCCUGACCGCUCAGGGGAAGCUGCUGCAGCAGGACACGUUCUAUGUGAUUGAGCUGGACGCGGGCAUGCAGUCCCGGACCAAGGAGAGGCGCGUGUUCCUCUUUGAGCAAAUCGUCAUCUUCAGUGAACUGCUAAGGAAGGGAUCCCUCACCCCGGGCUACAUGUUCAAAAGGAGCAUCAAGAUGAAUUACUUGGUCCUGGAGGAGAACGUGGACAAUGACCCCUGCAAGUUUGCACUCAUGAACAGGGAGACUUCAGAGAGGGUCAUUCUGCAAGCUGCCAACGCGGACAUCCAGCAGGCCUGGGUGCAGGACAUCAAUCAAGUCUUAGAAACACAGCGAGACUUCCUAAAUGCACUACAGUCGCCCAUUGAGUACCAGCGGAAAGAAAGGAACACAGCUGUGAUGAGGUCGCAGCCAUCUAGAGUUCCCCAAGCCAGCCCCAGGCCCUACUCCUCUGUCCCCGGGGGCUCUGACAAGCCCCCAAAGGGCUCCAGCUAUAACCCGCCUCUGCCACCCCUGAAGAUAUCUACCUCCAAUGGCAGUCCAGGGUUUGACUAUCACCAGCCUGGGGACAAGUUUGAGGCCACCAAGCAGGGCGACCUGGGGGGCUGCAAUGGGACCUCCUCCAUGGCCGUGAUCAAAGAUUACUAUGCACUGAAGGAGAACGAAAUCUGUGUGAGCCAAGGUGAGGUGGUCCAGGUCCUCGCCGUCAACCAGCAGAACAUGUGCCUGGUGUACCAGCCGGCCAGCGACUGUUCCCCUGCGGCCGAGGGCUGGGUCCCGGGCAGCGUCCUGGCACCCCUCACCAAAGCCACCGCGGCAGCAGAAAGUAGUGACGGAAGCAUCAAGAAGUCAUGUUCAUGGCAUACCCUACGAAUGAGAAAGCGGGCGGAAGUGGAGAACACGGGUAAAAAUGAAGCCACAGGGCCUCGUAAACCCAAGGAUAUUCUGGGCAACAAAGUCUCUGUUAAAGAGACGAACAGUUCCGAGGAGUCAGAGUGUGAUGAUCUUGACCCUAAUACUAGCAUGGAGAUCUUAAAUCCAAAUUUCAUCCAAGAAGUGGCCCCAGAAUUCCUUGUGCCCUUAGUGGAUGUGACCUGCUUGCUUGGGGACACAGUGACAUUGCAGUGCAAAGUCUGUGGGCGGCCGAAGCCCACCAUCACCUGGAAGGGUCCAGACCAGAACAUUCUUGACACCAACAACAGCUCGGCCACAUACACCGUCUCCUCCUGUGAUUCUGGGGAAAUCACCCUGAAGAUCUGCAAUCUGAUGCCCCAAGACAGUGGGAUUUAUACCUGCAUAGCAACGAACGACCAUGGCACCACAUCUACGUCUGCUACAGUUAAAGUGCAAGGUGUUCCAGCAGCCCCUAACCGCCCCAUUGCCCAGGAAAGAAGCUGCACUUCUGUGAUUCUCCGCUGGCUGCCUCCCUCCAGCACUGGGAACUGCACUAUUUCUGGUUACACCGUGGAGUACCGGGAGGAAGGUUCCCAGGCCUGGCAGCAGUCUGUAGCUUCGACCUUGGACACUUACCUCGUCAUCGAAGACCUCAGCCCUGGGAGUCCUUAUCAGUUCAGAGUCAGCGCCAGUAACCCCUGGGGGAUCAGCCUUCCCAGCGAGCCCUCAGAGUUUGUGCGACUCCCAGAGUACGAUGCUGCUGCUGAUGGUGCCACCAUUUCUUGGAAGGAUAAUUUUGAUUCAGCUUAUACUGAGCUGAAUGAAAUUGGAAGAGGCCGUUUCUCCAUUGUAAAGAAAUGCAUUCACAAAGCUACCCGCAAGGAUGUCGCUGUGAAAUUUGUUAGCAAAAAAAUGAAGAAAAAAGAGCAGGCCGCCCACGAGGCUGCCCUACUUCAGCACCUGCAGCACCCCCAGUACAUCACUCUCCAUGACACUUAUGAGUCCCCCACAUCCUACAUCCUGAUUUUGGAACUGAUGGAUGAUGGCCGGCUCUUAGACUACCUUAUGCAUCACGAUGAGCUGAUGGAAGAGAAAGUAGCUUUCUAUAUCCGAGACAUCAUAGAAGCUCUGCAGUAUCUUCACAACUGCAGGGUGGCCCAUUUGGACAUCAAGCCGGAAAACCUGCUCAUCGACCUUCGCAUUCCAGUACCUCGAGUGAAGCUCAUCGACCUGGAGGAUGCCGUCCAGAUCUCGGGCCACUUCCACAUCCACCACCUGCUGGGGAACCCCGAGUUUGCUGCCCCAGAAGUGAUCCAAGGCAUCCCCGUCUCCCUGGGCACAGAUAUCUGGAGCAUCGGGGUGCUGACAUAUGUCAUGCUGAGUGGGGUGUCCCCCUUCUUGGAUGAGAGUAAAGAGGAGACAUGUAUCAAUGUGUGCAGGGUGGACUUCAGCUUCCCGCACGAAUACUUCUGUGGUGUGAGCAAUGCCGCCAGAGACUUCAUCAAUGUGAUCCUACAGGAAGACUUUCGGAGGAGGCCCACGGCAGCCACCUGCCUGCAGCAUCCCUGGCUGCAGCCCCACAAUGGCAGCUACUCCAAGAUCCCCCUGGACACCUCCCGCCUGGCGUGCUUCAUAGAACGCCGCAAGCAUCAGAACGACGUGCGGCCUAUCCCCAACGUCAAGAGCUACAUCGUCAACCGAGUAAACCAAGGGACAUAGCCAUCUCCUGGCCCUUGGGGUUUCACAUGGAAGUGCAGUGUGAACCAAAGCAAGACUGAAUGUCUGUAAAUAAUUCUGUUAGUUCACUCCAUGCAGUUCUCUGGAUCGAGCGAUGUACCUCUUAAACCUCGUCAGUGGUUAUUCAGGGUCUGGGCAGCCGUAAAAUUACCCUAAAUCCAGGGACAUUUCAGAAGGUCGUUUGGAAGAGGUAAAGAUGCAAAGAGUCACCCAAAGCAUUAAAGAGAGGGCCAAGGAGGACAAGAAUAUUAGCUGUUAGACAAUUUUAAUAGAGUGUUCCAAAAUGAGUGGUUAACCGGGCAAACCCAAAGCUCACUGUAGUGAGUAUAAAAGGUUUCUAACUCUGCUGAAAUUUUAAGCAAAAAGUUCUAUUUAACAGAGACAUCAUGUAUGCCAACUAUUCUGGUUUAGAUUACUUAGAUAUAGUUUCUUAAUAGGAUACAUAUACACAUACAGUAAAAUAUAUCCCAUUCAGGUUUCAGAGUUUUAUAAUAUAGAGGUAUAUAUGAAAUCAAUCAUAAGUAACUUUGAGUGCUCCAGUUAAGACAGUAAUUUAUUUACCGAAGCAUUACGUUGUUUUGACUAAGCACAAUUAGAUGACAAGUUUUUUAGAGCAUUUUAUAAAUCUUGUAUAGAAAUCUUUUACCAGAACCCGUGCAUUAAGAGAAAGCAAUGUUACCCUUUUGCAGUCCGUGAAUGAGAAGAUUUUUCUCUCAGUCACAAGUAUUUGAUUAACAUAGGUUCUGUAUAUGAAAUGCUACCCCCAAAUUCACUGGCAGCUCAGAGUUCAUCUGGCAGGCAAGCCUGCCAGAAAAGAAGUCCAAAUACAGUAAGAGUUUUGGGGUUAUUUUUAUGUCUACACUCGGUCUGAACUAGGUAAUGAAUAUAACAGGUUCAUACAGAAGGGCAAGUAGAAACCUUUCCUACGGUUCCUAAGAACAACGUAACGACACUUUCUGACUUCUUCUACAGCUGUAGAAGGCAGUCCUCAGAAAGUUGGCUUGCUUUAUUUCUAACCCCUUCUGGAAGCUAAGGGGUGCUUACCAAAAGGAGGCAGCCAUAUAGGCCUUUUAAAGGCCUGGUCCCAAGUCCUUUUUGAAGCCAUGGAAUAAAAUCUGAUAUAUCACUCUAACAGAGCAUUGAGUUUCAACUGUGAUUGCAAUACCUGUCACCACUCAGCCGCUAUUUCCCUGGACCAAAAGGACUCAUUGCACUUUGAGGCCAAUGCUGCUUUCUGGCAUGUAUUCUCCACACACAGUGAUUCUGAACUGCCCUUUCCCCUGCUAGUGGGGGAAAAAAAAAAAAAAAAAAAAACUUCAACCUGGGCAUUUCAUGGUUGUUUUCUUUCUUUGUUUUUGAGGAACAAUUUUGGGUUUUCUGUGUUGGUACAUGACCCACCCUUUGUUUUCUAGGAUGUGUUUUAAAAGUUGCUAUUAUGCAAAUAAUAUUUUAAAAAUAUAACUCAAGUGUUUAUCCUCCAAUCAGGUUUAAUGGCAUUGCUUCUCUCCUAUGAUAGGAUUGAGAAAAUUAAAAUCGAGCUGCACAAAAGUGCAAGCAGAGAGUUUAAGAAGGAUAAAUAGAAUUACAAAUCUGUCUAAAUGAAAAAGAAUGGUGGAAAUGAAGCCUGAACUUUAAUAUAUUAAAACACUUAUUCCCACAGCGGAAAUAUAGAAUUAAAAAUACUCAUCUGUCUUUUCCAUUGGUCUCAGAGCCAACUUCCUCAUCCACCCUCCACCUCAUCCCAUCCAAGAUUAUAGAUUAAUCAAUUAGUAGAAUGUACAAGCAAUAAGACUAGAUAGCAUUUCGUAUUUUUAGGAUUAACCAAAUACGUGGAAACUGAUUCCGACUGUUAUUUGGUUCCUAGUUUCGAACGGCCCUGGGUCACCGAGGUGCCCUCCCUCAGACCCUGCCCUUGACCAACCCUCUCUAGUCUUCGUUUAAACCUACAUGUAUAUACAAAUAGUAUCUGAUAUAAUAU